CUUGACAUCAUUGCCGCCCUCCAGGCAACAGACGAGCUGACAGCUUCACGCUGCAAAGAUCCUCAACACCACGCAAACCACUCGACUCGACUGUACAGGAUGGUCAGCCAGACUUGCUUCACAAUGGUGCAGCACAGUCAUGCACAAGUCCUGCCCUCAUCUUGAUGCGACCCUUCACGUGCCGACAGAGACUCCCACAAGACCCAUCCAUAACCGUGGUGGUGCAAUCACCACUGCCACCUAGGCGCCAUGGGUGUGAAUGGCCUCUGGACCGUCCUGCAGCCGUGCGCGCGACCGACAAACCUCGCCACGCUCAACCGCAAGCGCCUCGCCGUCGAUGCCUCCAUCUGGAUCUACCAGUUCCUCAAAGCCGUCCGCGACAAGGAAGGCAAUGCGCUGCGCAACUCCCAUGUCGUGGGCUUCUUCCGGCGCAUAUGCAAGCUGCUCUGGUUCGGCGUCCGCCCUGUCUUCGUCUUUGACGGAGGUGCCCCGGCACUCAAGCGCCAGACCAUCACGAACCGGAAGCGCAGGAGAGAAGGCCGUCGCGACGAUGCCGUCCGCACCGCCGGCAAGCUGCUCGCCGUGCAGAUGCAGCGCAUCGCAGAGGAGGAGGGAGAGAAGAGGCGGCGGAUGGCGGCGCUGGAGAACACCGGAGCCCACACGGCGGAGAUUGAGACCGAGGAGCUCCCUGACGAGAGCAAGCUCGUCUAUGUCGAUGAACUUGGCAUGUCGCAGCAAGAACGCCAAAAGAAUCGCAAGUUCUACAAGCAGGAUACAUACCACUUGCCCGAGCUCGGCGGCAGCAUCGAUAGCAUGGGCCGGCCGGAAGACCCCCGGAUCAUGAGCAUCGAGGAGCUGGAAGAGUACGCGCGACAGUUCCAUAGUGGCGAGGAUAUCAACCUCUAUGACUUCAGCAAGAUUGACUUUGAAGGCGACUUCUUCAAGAGCUUGCCCCCCGCGGAUCGCUACAACAUUCUCAACGCGGCCAGACUCCGAAGCAGGCUGAGAAUGGGUCUAAGCAAAGAACAGCUCGACGAAAUGUUUCCAGACCGGAUGGCGUUCUCGCGGUUUCAAAUUGAAAGAGUGAAAGAACGGAACCACCUGACGCAGCGCCUGAUGAAGGAAGCUGGCAUGACUGGCACCGAUCUCACGCUGAGUGGGACCUCGAGGAUCGCUGGUGAGAGAGACCGCGAGUACAUCCUUGUCAAAAAUGAAGGGGCAGAAGGCGGCUGGGCGCUUGGUGUUGUUAGCAAAGAGAAGGACCGAGGCGAGAUCCACAAGCCAAUCGACGUCGAUGCGCUUGAUUUCCAGUAUCAAGCAAAAGAUGAGCAGGAAUGGGAAGACGAGGAUGAGAACGACUUCGAAGACAUUCCGAUUGAGGGCCUGAAUCGGCUACCGAAGCUUAGUGGGGCUGCUGCUCUUCAAGGCAUCGCAGAUGAAGAAGCUGGCGGAUUCAUGGUUGAGGACGACGAGGAGUCAUUGUUUGUCGCCGGCCCAGAAGCUACGGAGGCUAACGAUACGCUUGCUGGGAGUGCCGCCCUGCCGCAGAGCGAUGAAGACAACGACAUAUCGCGCGCCAUAGAGUUAUCGCUUCGGACCCAGCAUGGCAAAGGUCAGACACCACCAGAGGAAGACGAUGAUGUGGAAUUUGAAAAUGUCCCGGCCCCCGAAUGGACGCAGAAGGCGGUUGAGAAAGCUCGGCCUCUCACAACGACGAGCGGCAAGGUUAUUGCGCACAUUGUCAACAAUAGAGCGAAUGCUGCUGUGCCAAAGUCCAAGCCAACGCAAGGGAUGCCUUUCCAGGACAGCGAUAGUGAUGACGACCUGGCGGCUGCACUCUCGAAAGCCAAAAAGAAGAAGGCACCAGCGCCAAAACCGACACCGUCAGUCGAGCCUGUGCGGCCAAACGUCAAGAAUCCGUUUGAUGGUCCGUUGCCGUUUGAGAAGUUAAGCUGGAAGUCUAGUAUUUUUGCCAGCAAGUCACAACAGCCGAAGUCGCCGGCUGCCAAAGGGGAUGGCAAAGCCAAGGAGCAGGAGGACGACGACAUGGCGGGAGGAUUUGAGAGAGAUGAUGAUGCACCAGCGUCGGAGGCGGUGCCUGAGCCUGGUGCAAGCAAUACAGACGACAAGAAGCCUCGACCGCUACCCCCAUGGAUGGUUCAGGAUGAAGAAGAUAUCCGGGAGUCCAUGAGAGCCCAAAGAGAGCUCGAAAACGAGAUUAAUGAGGCUGACAGGGAGGCCGCAAUGGCGGAAGAGAAACGUCGACAAAAAGAAAAUUUUAUUGAAAUCGACUCGUCCGACAAUGAGAGCGACGUCGAGAUUCUAGAUCAGCCACCGGCGCUACCACAAAGGCAAGGUCCUGCUGCACUUGAGGUACCCUUGUCUCCAGCUACAUUGACCAGAAUAAGCCCACCGCUGCCAGAUCCCGUGGACGGCGUCGCUCAAUCGCGCGCGGCGACGACUCGUGCGGACGCCACCUCAAUCGUGGAUGUGGAGGAAACUGCACCAAGCAAGGACAUUCGUGCAGAUGAGUUCGCUCGACCAGCGGAAGCAUCGUCGCCCGAGCCUGAUUUCGAGGAGGUCGACAUCAUGCAGCCGCCAGAGAACGGGGAUUCUGAGCAGAGUACUCACGACGCAACACCAGAACCUGAAUUUGAGGACGUCCCUGCUGCCGAGCUACCACAACCUGCCGUUGAAACCGAGAUUUCUACCGAGAUUUCUCCCGAGAUUAUGCCAGACUUGACGGCCGACAUCGAUUUUGAAGGCGCGAUCAACCCCGAAACUGGGGAGCAGAUCUUGGAAGACUAUGACGACGAGUUUAGUGAUCCCGAGGACGAACAAUUGCUGGCUCAGAUGGCCGAAGAAGCUGAAGAGCAUGCUCGCUUUGCCAGCCAGCUCACGAACAAGUCGGCCAAGGAUGAUCAAGAGGCUUAUGAGCGCGAGCUCAAAGCACUACGUACGCAGCAGAAGAAGGAUCGGCGUGACGCAGACGAAGUCACUCAAAUCAUGAUCACAGAGUGCCAAGCACUGCUCCGAUACUUUGGCAUACCGUAUAUCACGGCGCCAAUGGAAGCCGAGGCACAAUGUGCCGAGCUUGUGAAUAUGGGCCUUGUCGACGGUAUUGUCACUGAUGACUCGGAUAUCUUCUUAUUUGGCGGGACACGAGUCUACAAGAAUAUGUUCAAUAGCAACAAAUUUGUCGAGUGCUACCUCUCAAACGACUUGGAGAAGGAGCUGUCUCUAGGCAGAGAGCAGCUUAUUGCGAUAGCACAACUUCUGGGCUCCGAUUACACAGACGGCCUCCCCGGCGUGGGACCCGUGACAGCUGUCGAAAUCCUGUCUGAGUUCCCAGGCAGAGAUGGCCUGGCAGCCUUCAGGGACUGGUGGCAAGAUAUUCAGAUGAACAACCGCCCCAAGGAAGCCGACCAGAAGUCAACGUUUCGGCGGAAGUUCCGCAAGUCACAGGCCACCAAGCUGUUCCUCCCGCCGGGAUUCCCAAGCGAACCUGUGUUUGAGGCCUAUCUGAAGCCAGACGUCGACAGCGAUCCAGAGCCAUUCCAAUGGGGCGUUCCAGACGUCGAAGGCCUGCGGCAAUUUCUCAUGCAGACGAUUGGCUGGAGCCCGGAGCGCACCGACGAGAUUCUUGUCCCUGUCGUCCGGGACAUGAACCGCCGCGGGGUUGAGGGCACACAAGCCAACAUCACACGGUUCUUCGACGGCGCCGUGGGCGUUGGGGCCAAGGAAGCCUUUGCACCGCGUCAGAAGGGCAAGACGAGCAAGCGCAUGGUCGAGGCUGUGAACAAGUUACGUUCCCAUGCGGUCGUGGAAAGCCUCGGUGGCAGCGGUCCAGAUGCACAAGCUGGUGCAGAUGACGACAACGCCGCUGCCGCACAAAGCACGGCAGCCAACGGCAAGCGAAAGCGCAGAACUGGGCGGCGAGUCACUGACGGCGACGGCGACGAUGACGAGGGUGACGACGAGACACACCAAGGUGAUGGCUUGAAUACGGGCGGUUCCACGACAAGCAGCACGCGUGGCCGAUCCAAGAAGGCCAAAGCGAGUUCCUGAUUACCGCGGCGUUGAAGAGCUGGACCUGCACCGGCACCCAUAAAGAAGGCGUACACACGGCACGUAAAGGUCACGAGAUUAUGUAUAUAUAUACACCAAAGGAUUCACUUAUCAUAUUGGACUUUCUACGAAGAAAUGAAAGAUAUUUUCCCAAUGAU